CCAAAUUAUAGCAAAUUCAAAUAUAUCUUCAGAAACAAGGAAGAGCCCACAGAGUUUUGUAAUACCUUAUGUUUUUCCAUUGGGAGCUCCUUGAUUUGGGUUAAAUCCUACUGAACACUGGCAGAACUGGCUUGUGUUUGAACACUUCAGUUCCUCUGCUGAAACCUGUUGCACAGCCUUGGUUUUUUUUCACUUCUUGUCCCGCUGCUGAAUCAUUAAGGUUUUGUAUUAUCUGUGCUAUGGACUGUCCUGGGCAUUUGUGAAGUGCGAAGUCUUUGGGUCAUACCAAACUGACUAUUGCAGUACAAACGCAGUUGUACUUCCUCCUAGAGUAGCUGGGCUUGGUGUGUGACUCUUCUGCUCUCAUGCACAUGGGUCUGAUGAGUCUUGCAGGAUUUGAGUAGGCUCCAUGCACAUGCUCAGGUCACCUUGGAUGCACUUGGAUCCUGCUGGGUUAAAGUUCUGGCUAGUGCGCAGAAGGGACUUGCAAGUAAGUCAAAGUGUUGUGUGAGUUAAUGCUUUAGGAAGGCUCCAUGUGUUUGAAUGGUAUUGUCCCUUCUUCUGACUUGUCUUGGAUAACAGGGAUUUGAUCGUGUGUUAAUGAACCAUCACAAUAGUUAUUUAAACCGCGGCAGGUAACAUUAGGGAUCUAAACUCAUUUUGAUUUGACUUGUUAGGCAAGAUGCAGGUUGGUGUGCCGUAUCUUUAUCUUUGUAAUCACAUGGCUUAUUGCUCUUCCUUGUGUAAGCAACUGUUGAAUGAUGGCUGUCUUUGUGUUGGGCUAGGUGACCUUUUCAGCGGGUAUGUGAUUUAUAACCAUGAGAACAGCAAAAUUAUUGUGACUUUAAAAAGAGUUCUAUGAUUCCAGACCCCCAAAGGUUUCUUCUUUAGUUGCACAAAGAAAAGUUCAAUAUUUUUAGCCUGAGAGUUCUAUCGCAUUGCACUUGGAUAGAAAUUGGAAUUUAAGAUGAUAAAGAGGAAUUAUGUUAUUGACCAGAACUGCUCAUGUUAUUUUUUAAAAAGAUAUAUUUUAAUUUACAAUAAUAAACAAGGACAGUAUCUGUCCUAAUAAAUUGACUGUUUUUCUUUCCAGGCAUCAUGUCUCCCAAAGCUAUUAAAACACCUAGAGAAGUUGCUAGGAAGCUAUAAGCAUUUCUUCCCUCUCCCUCCAUAGGCUGGAUAAGCUUUGAUGGUGCCGCCAUACUCGUAAAUCCGGUUUGGUCUCUCUCAGAAGGCACAGAUAAGAGUCCAGGAAGUGGAACCCACCAUGUAAUAUGUGGUCAAGCAGAUACCCAGGUGUGACCUCUUGUAGGACUUGUAAGCUUAUCAGAAACAAAACAAAAUUGAUGAAAGUAAAACUCCACAUGGCCAAGCUGAACUCACAUUAUUCUAGGCAGUUUCUCAAUGUCCUCCUGUCUGCUCUCUUUGCUACCAAGUGCUCCUAUGCUUUAGAUCCUUAGAAAUAGUAGAUCACGUGCUCUCAUUUAAUUUUCAGGAGUAAAGUAGUUUUUACUGUUUUCUCAACUAAUACUAUCAACUUCUAAUGACUUUACUGAAAUGAAAAUAAUUCUUUAUUGGUGCUUGUCAAUUCUGAUUACUGCUGAAAUACAAGGUGAUAAACAAACCUUUAUAAAUAUUCCCACCCAAAUGUCCCAAAACCUGUAAGCCUUUAUAAAGACCAAAGUCUUUUUAAAAAUCUCUUUCGCAGUUACUAGUGACAGUUACUAGAUAAAACGUAUAAAAACUAAGAAUGAUUCAAUGUCCAAGGCAGAUAAUAUGAAAGGACAAAAUACCAUAAGCCUUUCAUAAUUUCCCUACUAUAAGCAACUCUGUGAGCAACGGACUAGUGAAACCCAGCUUCCUAGGAACACAUCUGGAGAUCUGGCUUCAGUGUGGAUUAUCUGGUGUCUAAAAAAGGUUCUGUUGCAGCCACCUUCUUGUGGGUCUUCUUUACAGGGUUUCUUUGUAGCUACCUCUUUUCCUGAAUACUCUAGAAAUGCCCGAUUAUCUAGUUUACUGGUUGUUGCUGGAAGUUUUUGCUUGCACACUGAGGGCAUAUUUGUGCAUUUUCCUUACUCCAACCCAUACCAAGUCUGUAUUUAAUUUGCUUGCAAAUGCCUGCUUUCCGUAGGAACACAAACAAAAGUGGUGCUGAUUUGAUGUAAGGAAAAAAGCUCUCACAGCCUGAGCACAGGCUGUCACUGGGAGAGGUUGCCAGAGAGGCUGUCAAACCUCUGUCUGGAGGUUUUUCAGGACCUGACUGGCCAAAAUGGAGUGCUCUGAUUACAGCUGAUGGCUGAGCCUGCUUACAGGAGGCUGGACUGGAUAUCCUUUUGAGGUCCUUUCCAAGGUGAGUGAGUAUUGUUCUAAGGAGUAGGAGAAAUAGGAACUUUCCACUUUGUGGCGACUUCUCACUUUGAAGAGGUGAAAUGCUAGUAUUUUUGCUUUUUUUUGUUAAUGAGGAGAAAUAACAGAAGAUGGCACUUGGCAGACUAGUGACUGACUACAGAGAUUCUGUUACCUUGUUGUUUAGGCUAGCCUUAAAAUACUGCAGUACUACUGGAAGGAAAGAGUUGUAUUUGCGAUCUUUGCUGAAAAGCUGAAUGUAUUUAGAUGUUACAGUUUGUGGUAACAAAUGUUGUAGAAAUGAAUGGAACCUGUAGAGUUGCAUAAAACUUCCGUUUGUUGCAUCAUUAUGGAGGUCUUCUCCUAAGAAGCAGCAAAUACAGAAUAGAUUGAUGUGUAAAAGGCCUGAGCAAGAGUUGAACAGAUUUUUUACAACUGGAUUUGAGACACCAACUGCUAAAAUUAAUUCUUUUAUUAUGCUACUAACUUGUCUUGGUUCUGUUUAUGAAAUGGUACUGACUGUGAAAACUAAAUGGGUUAUCAGUUUAUUUGGGAACAACAGUUAAAAGUAGUUAAGGAUAAAUUUAUCUUCUCAGUAGGCAGUACAGUAGAAGGAUUAAGACUCGGGCUAGAGUAACUCUGGUUUAGUUUUACUGUAGUUCUUUCAUGUUGAAUUUGCUGGCUAAGAAUGGGAUGUGUACCAACAAAUGGUAGUUAUUCAUGGAACCAAAAUGCAACUUAAGGCAUGAAAAAUAUCCAAAAUAUAAGAAAAGCAAAUUAGUAGUAAAAGAUUAUGGAUAAUAAACUGCAUAGUAAUCAGGGAAUUAAAAUGAGGGCUUGAGGGAAUAAGCUUAGAAGGUUGAGAUUUUGUGACCUUUGUGAUGGGGCAUUGAUGGUCUAAUGGAUAGAAGGAAUCCUAAGAGGGUAGAUUUUAGAUUAGAUAUUAGGAAGAAAUUCUUAACUGCGAAGGUGGUGAGCUACUGGAGCAGGCUGUCCGGAGAAGCUGUGGAUGCCCCAUCCCUGGCAGCGUUCAAGGCCAGGCUGGAUGGGGCUUUGAGCAGCCUGGUCUAGUGGAAGGUAUCCCUGACCAUGGCAGAGGAUUGGAACUGGAUGAUUUUUAAGGUCACUUCCAACCCAAACCAUUCUGUGAUUCCGGUGUUAGAUGAGUAACUUAAGGGCCCUACUCCCAAGCAGGUUGUUUAAAUACCAACUGAAUAACCUUGCACGUGAUUGCACAUGGUGGCCUUUGGAUUGAAGACCAACUACUUGAAAACUGGAAAAUAACUAAUUUGUAUCAGGUUUCUUUUUUGGUGUGUGUGUGUUUUUCUUUCUUUCUUCUGGAUUAAUAGUUUCCAUCUCAGAAAGAUUACUGGUUAAGAAAACUUGAGUUACAUGGAUGUUGUGUACUACAUGGUCUUUGUAGACUAGUGGUUUUGUUCUAUGAGCUAGACAUGCCUCAAGAAAAGUUUGCUUCACCUUCUUCAGUAGCAUCAGUUGAAGGACUGAGAUGGAGGAAUGGUUUCCUGUGGUGCCCAAUUUACUGAACCACAUCUUCUGGCUGAUCUGAGCAUGGUGAAGUCCAGCCAGCUCUUUUGUUACCUGCAGCGGACCACGGGGUUGAUGUGCCUUAACCUUCUAUCACAGAGGGACUGAUCAUAAAGCUUUGACCAGAGACUAUGCAAAUUCUCAGUGGACUUCACUUUAAAGAUGAUUUUGUGUCCUAUUUUUACUCCUUGGACUUAAUUAGAAUGCCAGAUCAGUUACUCUGAUUUAUUCCAUUAUUUAUAGGGUCCCGUUCUACACCCACCCCAAUGGUAUCAGAAUGUCUUCUGGACUUCUUGCUGAUGGAAAACAUUAGAAAACAAGACAAGCGUCCAUCAAAUGGGGUUCCCUCUCCGCUUCUCUCUACAUGCCUUUCCUUUUGAGGGAGAAGAAGAGAAGAAUAGUAUGAAAAGUGCAAAAUGUUUCAAAUUCCUGUUCAAAAUCUUGAUAAUGUCAGGAAGGCUCGAAGAAAGGUGAAGGACAUUCUUGUGGAUCUUGGGCUUGACAACUGCAGGGAAUUGCUGAAGAAUCUUCAAAGUUUUGAUGCAGGUGAAAGCUACUUUUAUAACACUUCAUGGAGUGAUGUCUCUCCUUGGGAACCUGGGGGCAAAAGGAAGAGAUACAGAACAAAGCCGUACUGCUGUAGCUUAUGCAAGUUCUCAUCAAAAUUGCUUACUUCAUUCAGGAAUCACUUGCAUCGUUACCAUGAGGAUGAAAUGGACCAAGAGAUGGUGGUUUCUUGCCCAAAAUGUGCAUUUGCUUCUCAUCCCAAAGUAGUGGGAAAACACAUCCGGAUGUUUCAUUCAUCUAAUAAAAGAAUACAGAACUACACAGUUAGCAUUUUGGAUGGCAUGAAACAAUUUAGGACUGACAUCAUAAAUUUCACGUGUCUAAAAUGUCAGUUCACAGACACCUUAUAUUACAAUAUGAAGAAGCACGUGCUGAUGAACCAUUUUAAAAAUUUAAUAAGUAUAUAUUUUGGUGAGAAAUCUGAUGACAGCACAGCAAAUUCACUUGAGUACUACUGUAAAAAGUGUAAUGCUUCUGCAAACAGCCCAGAUUCUUUAAUGUAUCAUGUCUUGACAGCUGAUACACACCGAGACCUAGAGAACAAACUUCGGUCUCUGAUUUCAGAACAUAUUAAGAAACCUGGAACAGUGAAAAAAAUGUCUAUUGCUCCAAAGCCUCUCCAAGGUGUGACAGUGGCUGCUCCAUCUGCAGCUGUAAUGGAACCUGCUGUCGUCCCAGCAGGUUCCAUCACAGCUCCAGCUUGCAUCCAGCUUUCAUUUCCACAGAAUAAUCAAAACCAGAGUGUGGUGCAGCCAAACGCAGUUCAAAACCCAGUUGGACCACUGACUGUUCCAAGUGCCUCUGGUAGCCUUCCACAUACAACGUCCGCUCCCGUCGUUACGCCGUCGCACGUCGCUCUUGUACCCAGCAAUCCUCCUGUAGGUCAGAACAACAUUAGUAUUCAACCGUCUCCUUCCCAGCCUAUCAUUGUUUCUCACGGGCUCCCUCUUAAUCAUUCUGUUGGGACCAUAAAUAGAACUGUGGCCCCUGCAGUUCUUCCUCUUAAUCAGCCUGUCAGGCCCGGACUCUUUCCUGUUAAUCAGCGCAUUGGUACUAUAAAUGGUCCAGUUCCAGCUGGAACGCUACCUAUUACUCAGCCUGUCGGCCCUGUGAAUCAGCCGGUUGUACCAGGAGUCCUCCCAGUGAAUCAACCAGUUCCUCCAGGAGUUCUCUCUGUCAACCAGUCGCUUGGGAACAUGAAUAGACCCAUUGAUCCUAGGGUCUUUCCUGUGACGCAGACAGUUGGGUCCGGUGUUCUCCAGCUUAACCAGCCUGUUGCCUCUGGUGUGGUUCCUGUCAGACAGCCCGUUGGACCUGGCUUUCUUCAGCUUAACCAACCUGUUGCCCCAGCAGUUAUCCCAGUAAAUCAGCCAGUUCAACCUCCGGUUUCUCAAAACGCAACUUUUCUGACUGCAGGCUCUAUACUGAGGCAGUUGAUUCCCACUGGAAAGCAGGUUAAUGGUAUACCUACGUACACGCUGGCCCCAGUUUCAGUUACUUUGCCUGUUCCUGCCGGCGGUGGAGUAGCAACUGUUGCGCCCCCGCAGGUGCCCAUCCAGCUCAUGCAGUCUGGGUCGGUGGCUCAGCUGUCCCAGUCUCCGGCCAGCGCACCCUCCCCUCCCGUGGUUCUGACCUCUGAGAACGUGUCCUUACAGGCCUCCCCACCUGGUCCUGAAACAAGCCAGGCUGUCAGGCAGGCCAAGCAGUGGAAGACUUGCCCUGUUUGCAAUGAGCUUUUCCCAUCAAAUGUCUACGAGGUGCACAUGGAGGUGGCCCACAAACCACGCGAAGUGAGAAUAGAUAUCCCGGAACCUGACAAACUGGCAGCUUGCGCGCCCUUUCUAAGGAUGACAGAAAAGGCGAUCCGGUGCUACGCCUGUAAAUGUUUUCUCUGUGAGGAAGAGCUCAUGAAACAUCUCUUCAUGCAUGGCUUAUCUUGCUUAUUUUGCACAGGUACUUUCUAUGACUUAAAAAGCCUCGUGGAGCACAACAAAAGCAGACACAAUGGGAGAAAACAGUUGCAUGCAAAUUACAGCAACAGAGGAUUUCAACUGGUUAAUGAUGCUCAGGGUGACCUAGUGUUUCCACACUUUGAUUUCAAUACAGUGUUACCAAAUGAAGACAUGGGUGAAAGAGAAGUACAAUUGGCAGUUCUUGUUGGAAUAAAUUCAACGAUUCUUGUCCCUGUUUACAUCAAAGUGAAACCUCAGACAGCAGAAGUGAAUAGGAGAUGCACCAGAAAAAUGUUUACCUGUCCCUUUUGCUUAGGUACGUUUGCUGGUAAAGAAACCUAUGAAAAGCAUUUGAAAGAGAGGCAUCAUAUAAUGCCAACUGUACAUACAAUUUUAAAGUCUCCUGCUUUCAAGUGCAUCCACUGUUGUGGUGUGUACACUGGAAAUAUGACUCUAACAGCUAUUGCUGUACAUUUGCUCCGUUGUAGAAGUGCUCCCAAAGACAAAGACACCAACUCAAGCCUGAAGAUGCAGCUUGAGCGUACCGAGAGGGAAGAGCUGCUGUUUCUGAAUGGUGAAAAGCAUGUUUCUCUGAUACUGAAAAGAAGGCAAUCGGAUUCCUGCUUUGUUGCAGAAGACCAAAAGAAUAAGGAACAGCAGCCUCUGAGCUUAAGCACUGGCAUAGCUCUGUCUUCAGAGAAAGACAUGAUUUCAGGGGUAGUGCCUUUCAAACGACAAAAGAUUAGGACUGAGAUGAGGAAACUUCCUUCUAGUGAGGAUCUUCGCUUUCUGGCGGUAGAUCCUAAUCAGUAUGAUCACAAUUCGUAUGAGGCGCAAAAACAGUUCUUGUCAGACUACUUUCACGAGAGGCCAUAUCCUUCUAAAAAAGAGGUGGAAUUACUUUCCUUGCUGCUAUAUGCGUGGAAAAUUGAUGUUGCAUCAUUCUUUGGAAAAAUGAGGAAUAAAUGCUUGAAGGCGAUAAAAAAUCUCCAGCCAUCUGUGCUGCUGGGUUUCAGUAUGUCUGAACUAAAAACUGUUAAUCACAGUUUGAUUUUAAAUGAUGAACCAUUAAAUGAUGAACCAUUAGAUACAUAAACAAGCUUUUUUUAACAGCUAAAAGCAAUCCAUAAUUGCAUACUUACCAGUUUAGCAGUUUAUUAUAUUAUUUGUUUUAACUUGCAGACUGGCCUGUUGAAGGGUGCAGUAGUACAAAAAGUAUCGUUCAGUUGUGACUGUUAUUGUGAAAGGCACACGUAGCUGUGUAUUUGAAAAAGCUAAAACCUUCAGACGUACACAUCUGGAAUUUGUUUUAGCAUUUUACUUUUUCUGGAGUAGUAUUGUGGGGUUUGUUUUUUGAGUUUUUUUUUUGUGAAUUUUUUUUUUAUUUUGUUCCACUUCAUUUCCCUUUCUUCCCCUUCAGGCUCCCCUUACACUUUUUCUACCACCAAGUAAAACACUUGUCCUGUUAAAAACAAAUUUUAUUUUAUUCUUCUGCGAUGUUGUCAUCUUCUCUCAAUAAUAAAAUGUGUAAUGUUGGUUAAAAUACCGAGGUAAACUAUGUGAAAAACAUGUAUGUGAUUAUUCGUAUUUUUAAGUCCUCCUGAUUCUGAAGAAGUGAUUGCGGCCUUUACAUUCAUUGCCCCUUCAAAUUCCCAAUGCACUGGUAGCAAUGGCUUUUUUUUUUUUUUUUUGCCGCCUCAGUCAAAAUACCUGUGCCAUUUAAGUCUAGUGACUUGUAGUUUCUACUGAGUAUUAACGUGAGGAUUGAGGGGCUUGCGGGUGCCUACUGACGUGUUAUAAUGAACUGACUUAAAAUGGUUAUUAUCUGUUAAACAGAUCUUGCUAACCAGAAGUGUUUACUCUUUUUGUUGGUGUUGAAGCCUGGUUGUUUAAGUAGCUAUUGUUCUAGGCUUGGUAGCAGCAUUUGUUUUAUUUUUGUUUUCAAAAAGCAAAGCUGCUUUGGAGAGUGUCAGGUUGCUUUGAUACAUGGAGCAUAUGACUUCUGUGCACAUCACUUACCUGUAGAGACCCUAUCCAAAUAUCACCAAAAUUUGGUGAAAAAUCUGACUUUUAUUUUAAAGUGCUGUUUUAUGAGGUAGGAACUGAGCAGAGCCUCUUCCCCAGCAAAUUAGAUCCCUGGGUUGAAGUCCCUUGGAUGAGAAAUUGUACAGGCUGAAACUGGAUUAAUUGGUAGCAUCAAGACUUUAAGCUGUUGAGUACCUGAACCAGUGAUAUUCAUGUAGUGAUUGUUUUUUAUUGGCCUAUAGAGAGCAUCAGAACAGUAUAAAACAGAAACAGAGUUAUCUUCAAUGUGAAGGAACAUCCCUGUUACAGAGCACAGAUAAGCUGUUGGGAAGGUUCACUUGAGUUGAAGCACGAACUGGUGGCCUUGUUGAGUACUGUCCUUUCUUUCUGGAUAUACUUGUUUUCAUCUGGCUUGUCAAAGAGUUCCUCCAUUCUUAAUUAACAGCCAAUUACAUAAUAAAUAACCUGUAAGGUGACUUAUUUUUUCUUCCUCCUUUGCAUCCCCCUCUUCCCACCCUUCUUUCUCAGAAGAAGAUAAAAGAGUUCACUUGUGCCAGUGUUUGUUACAAGGAAGGGGUGAUACGCACAAGCUUAUUUCUAUUUUUUAAAGUAGUCAGCAUACUUUGGCCAAUGCAAUAGUUUUAAAAGCAGAUGAAGAAUGGUUUUAGCGCUGUUUCUGAGCAGGUGUGACAUUUUUAGCAGAACUUGGUGAGUUUCCACCUGAGGUUCUAUAAGCUGUUUGGAAUUAUAUUUUGGAUAUAAUCCUAAUAUUUUCAUAUCAAUUCCUUCAGAGAGUUUUAAUGUGUGUGUAACAUAUGGUUACUUAGAGAGGAUCUGCUGUUUGGAAAAAUGUAGUAAUUUAAUAGCAGGGUUAAACAAACAUAAACACCAUUAAUGGGAUCAUCCACAUGCCCCACCCCAAAAACUGACCAGUGAUUAAGAAACAGUGUGUUCUUACAGUCUAGUAAUAGCUCAUUAAAAAUAUUUGACCACAGCACAGUUUAUUAAACUGUCCAGAGGCCUUUGAGUGAGGAAGAGGGAUGCUCCAUAGAAGUUCUGAAAUGUAGGCACUCAUUCUCACUCUUAACAGCCUUGGUCCUGUGAGCUCUGACAUCCUUGGGGUAGUUCUACUGGUAUUGGUGAAACUCCAGCAUGGAGAAAUUUGGCAGUGUGCAUCUGGGAAAGGCUUACCAUGAAUGGCGAAAGAUUCUAGCUGUAACAGUGUGGCUCUAGGGAGCUGAGAAGUCAUUUCAGGGUUCAUCCAUGCUCAAGGCACCAAGGGAACAGUCCAGUCUUACCAGAGUUUUCCUACAUGGUAUCCAAUAUUGAUGUUAAGCAUUUUAUUUACUGUACUUUGAUUUCACAGUUUUAAAUAAACCGGAUUUCUAACUUUCUCUUAGGUAUGUGUGCAAAUGAUUACCUAUCCUCUCCCUUCCUCCUUUUAAUACAUUUGGAGAACUUAAUGUGAAGGUUUCUUUUGAUGCAAAAGGCUAUUGAAAGAGACAAAAGGAAAGUAAGACCUAGAGCUUGAAUCCAGGUGCUUUAGGUAGACCUUAUUGCUUUAUAGUAGUAUCUUAAUUUAUUAUGUCAGAUACUGAUAGCUGCGUAUUUUCCUAGAGACUGAUUCUCUUAAAUAUUGGUAGUAAUUUGCUAUCACUAAAUGCUCUGGCUCUCAUUGAGUACUGUAGAAAUAAAGAAAAAAAACAGAUGAAUUUUAAAAAUGGUGACUGAGAACACUGUGUGGUCAUGUUUUUCAGGAAAACCAAGGAACUUGAAAUCAGCCAAGAUAAAAAUCAGUGUCUUUAACUAAAUUAGGCUUUUUGCCGUAGGCUUCUCAUGUGUGAAGUAAUUUGGUCAGAAAGUGUUAACUCUGGGAAGAUAUGUUGUCCCUGUCUGGGGCUCCAUGUGGGCAGUGUGGUAGAUACCUCUCUGACAGUUCUCUAAGGACAGGGCCUCAUAUUUAUGGCAUGUGCUGUUGGGAAUGGAAAACAAAGGAUCUGCCCUCUGCAGCAGACUUUGCGAAUACAAGCCCUUGAAGCAUAUGGAUGAAGCUCUCUGGUACACUGUAAAAGAAGCCCAGUUGGGAAGAAUACUGGUUGGUUUGCAGGAUGAUUGUAGCAAGUAGUUGUUCUUGUGGGACUGAAAGGAAACCAAACCUACGUGUGUUCUGCUUGUGAAACGUAUUGGUCUGGAAAAGUGUCCAUGUCUGAGAAGUAUUUUGUUGUGGUGGCAUGAGUUUUGUGCCUGUGAAAUAGUGUGAUGACCUAUUAUUUCAAUAUGUAGUAGGAAAGUUUAUUAUUAUAAUGUGACUUUUUCAUGUUUCUUCUGUAUACGCCUGUGUGCUGGGAAUUAAGUUAAUGUUGUUUGGUAAACUGCCAUUUUGUAAGGGACCAAUAACCAAAACACCUUUGUGAUUGGCUUUUGGUACUGUAUUCUUGUGUAGAGUGCGCCUACCUUCACCACUGCAUGCAGUAUUUUUCCCCUUCAGUGCUUAAAGUUCAAGAAAGCUCAGGGUCUAAUUUAGGUAGGUGUUGGGUAUAAUUUUGGGUGUGCAAUUCUCAACAAAAGUAUCCAGUAAAUCUAUUAAGUCUACUGCAGCUUGAUUUGUCAGACUUGAUGGUGGACAGGCUUUUGUACUAAAGAUACUUGAUAAGUAGCAAAGCACUUGAUACUUGCUAAGUACAGAUACAUGGAGAAAAAAGUUGCAGUCUAAUAGCAAGAGAAAAAAAAAGAGAGACAAAAAAAAAAGCUGAGUUAAUGAAAAUUAUUCCUGGGACUUUGUAAAGUUCAGGAGAAUUUUCACUUACUCUUCUGCAAAAUGUCUGUGAAAACGAUAAAUUGAGGGUAUUCAUGAAUUAAGCAGAACUUUGUGGUGCUGCAUUUAAAGUCUUAACACCUUGCUUUAGUCCCUGCGUAUCUCAUUUUGUCCUUUCAGAUGUGACAAACAGACCGCAGAUGUCCAUUUCUCUUCUUUGCUUAGGUAGCAGAUACCAAAACAUGUAUUAUGUAGUUCUUGCUUUGCGUUUGUCCAGUUUAGCAUACUGAGGAAGAGGAGGCGUCUAUUGGUGUGUGUGCGCCUUCAGUGCUGCCCUGUGUUUGUGAGAAGGAUCAGGAACACUCAAGUGGGCUACGUGCCCAUCCUCAAAUUCCACAUAAACUACGGUUUAUUAACACAGUGUUUUACCUAGCAGUGUGUUGAAAAGUAGCUUGUAAUAAGGGGAAGAGACCUCAAGUAUCUUUGUGGGUAUUGUUCUUAUUUUAUUUUGGCUGCUUGUCCGUUAAACAGGAGUGCUGGCAGUUCUUGCCAUCCUUGGAGACUGAGGCCAGUAGUUGUUUUAUGCAUCAAGCUGCAUAAAGCAAGCCAGGUAUGGGACAGCUGGCAGUGCGCAUGUGUGAUGGAAAACCACCAGGCAUGGACACGUCUGGAGAAAGAUCUGCUUAAUUAUAUUGUCAGAGUCAGUGUCAGUUUGGUUUAUAAUCUGUUGCUAAGUUAUGGACAAAGCCAGAAGUGUGUAAAGCAGUGUUGCUGACCACGUGCUGCAUGGGUGAGGCUGAGGAACCUCUCUGUGACAUUAGGUAAGGCAGCUGCAUUCAGCAUGAUGGUGUCAUGCAGAGAUCCAUGAGAAUGAAAGGGCAGGGUUUUUUGGGGUGGUGGGGGCAGUCUUCCUGGUGGCACUGCUGUUGUCUCUGCUGCUCACUGGUUCUCACCUGGCUGACAUCUAACUGGCUGCUGCUGUACGAGUAGCUGAAGAAGAAUGCACACUUGUGGAUAGGUGGAAAAAUGCCAAGACACCAACUCAAGCACAGUGAAGUGCUAUUAAUGAAUGUAGCAGAAGAGAGAUUACAAAGAAGCACUGUAGAUUUUUAGUUGUUUUUGCAGAAAAACAGUCAAAGGGGUGAGAAGUUACCCUGGCGGUUUCCAGCCUUCACUGAGAUGUGGAGGACAGUCUCCUGUGGUCUGGGUUUAUUGGCUGUGCUGUCACACACGUGGUUUGCCAGCAGAUCACCUCUUAGAAAAGGUGAUGCAGAAAGGAUGCUGUUGGAGCCUCUGUGAGAUACUGUCUUUGGCAUGUAAGGACAUUGUUUCCUGUGUUGUGAAAUCAUUUCCAGGUCAUGAAGGACAAGUGUCCCUAACAAUUUAUGAGAUAAUUUGCAUAUCAGAUAGACACAGUGUCAUCCAUCUGCCACAGGACUGACAUCAUACACUAUUCUAGAGACCAAGGAGUGAAUUACAAGGUUUUCAGAGCUCUGUCUCCUCAAGGGCAUUACUUAAGCCAAACCUUGACUGGUAGCAGGUCUGAGCAGGUCCCUGCAGAAGUGAGGAAUAUGAAUAGGAUCUGGGGUCUCUGGAUGCUGGGGGGCUGUGGGAACGGGCAGUGCCAUGGGGGAGCCUCUCCAGAGCCCCUCUGAGCACGACACCAGGCUGGCUGGUGCUGCUGCACCAAAGGGAUUGGGGCUGCCAGGGGCCCGUGUAGUCUUGGGCAGAGCAAAGGUCCUUCCACAAGUGAGACUUUUGCCACUGGAUUCUUCUUACAUCAUUUGUGUUCUUUACUGGCUAUAUUAGAAAGCUUGGAGCAGAGGCUUCUAAUUAAAAAUAUUCUUCUAAGAAAUAAAAUGUGAAAUAUUUAUAAAAUAUAAUAUUUUUAAGAUAAUAUAAUAAAAGUAUUUUAAAAAUUGCACAUACAGUUCUGAAUGCUUUAAUCUGGGGGGGAGGGGGUGACCCAGAACAACAGCAGCAGCAGCAGCAGCAAUAAAAUCCUCUUAAUAGUUCAAGGUUCCUGGGGGAACAGAGUUUAGCAAAAAGAUGUAUUAAAAAAAAUCAAACCAAAAAAAAGACGUUUUCUCAGAGCAGAUGCUUCCUACUGGUUCUGUUGCCCUAAACCACCUGUCCCUUUAAGGCAAUGAGAUCAGCUGCUCAUAGAAAUACCUGAAAGUCUUUGCAUGGGUUCUGCACUUAAUUACCCCUUUCUGUCUGGUUUUUGGAUUAGGUGGAAGAGAAGUGGUAACUCUCUGCCAGAUCUGUGUUACUUGCAUAACUUCUGCUUUGUACUACUUUGUGUUUGAACAUUGUUAGAUCUAGUUGUGGUUUUGCUGGAGUAUUUGCAUCACGCUGAGAAAUACAGACUUCUCUUCAGGAAAUCUGCAGCCGCAAAAACUUCUGAUUACAGUGACUUUACUGUUAGAAGAUGUUUAGCUGAUGGGGUCAGCCAUGUUCCUUCUCCGUGGAUGAAAGGAGGUGGAUUUUUAAAGGAAUUAAGAGGGCAAAAAUUUACACAGACAGUUUUAGACAGAAGAACUCACACAAUCCUAUAAGCAGACCCAGCCGAAAUAGGAGGGGUAAAUUGUCAUGCAAAUACUGUGUUGGUGACAAGUCCUGAGCAAGGUGGUAAACCUUGCAAGGGUGUUUUCUUCCUUUUCUAUUUUUUCCUUCCUUCCAUACCACUAAAUAAAAAUGUACUAUUUUUUUUAUUCUGCUUGUAUGAUAAAUCAGCUUUCCCUCACCUACCCCAUGUCCUUGGGCAGCCUGAGCUGCAUUCUGUAAUGCUGGAGGUGUGCAGUCUGAGGCCUCCAGAAGUUAGGGUAUCUCUGAGGAGAUACCUUCCCUGGAGGAACGUGCCUGGAGAAUGGUGGGAGCAAUACAAAGUCAGUUUUAAUCUGAGACUCUGUGCACGUAGCUGGGGGGGUUUGGAGCAAGCACAGUCUGCUCGUGCUGCAGCCAGUGCUGGGAGUCCCAGAAUCCACACAGAGGGCUGCAAGGGAGAAGCAGGGUGUUGGGGUUAGGCAUCCAGUCAAGGUGCAGCCUUGAGACAUCCCUGCCUCAAUUUACAUCCUUUUUGUUUUCAACUGGAGAUUAUACACGUUGUGCCAAGGUGGUUGCACUUCAAACAAAUAACAUUGCUGUAACUGGGGCGAGGGGCACCGUGCCCUGAUGGCGAUCAGCAAGGGGCAGGAUGGUCCUGUGGUGAACUGGGGCUGGAUGCGGUCCCUGCACCUUGGCUCCUCAGCCAACGUCUUCCCAGUCCUCCCCUUGUGGAGGCCCCUGAUAGAGGAGAAAAAAUGGUGCUGACAUCUGCUGGUUAUUGUUGAGAUGUUAGUGGCAGUAAUCCUGCCCUUUCUGAGGAACAGUCACACUGUCCAGCGGCUCAUGGCACUGCCAAACACUGUGGAAGGUUUAAGGUGCUCUUGUCCUGUCUGGUCUUCUCCAGUGGCAUCUCCAGCUACAACUUGGUUUCUUCAUUUGCUUUUUUCCCCUCUUCUGAACUGAGGCAGUAAUGCUGAAUUUACUGCUGAUCAGGAUGAUUUCAUGUCUGUACACAAGUUCUUUGAACAACCAGGGUUGUCUUAAAAAAUCUUAGAAAAUACUCACUUCUUUGCUCUCAAAGGCUGAAACCUUGAGAGUAUGUGUGUGUUAUGUGCCUAUGUCUGAUUUGCCUCUUGAAGUACCCAGUUAAAUGAACUUUUUAGAUUACUGGUGACAAAAAUUACCGUUAUGGAUUUGACUUGUUUCCAUCCCAACAGUUUUAAUACAUCCAUACCUGUCCUUGAUGUCAGAUAUCCUUCUCAAAAAGCAUUCAAAAGCAACAUGCCAGUUUAGGUGCUGGAGAAUUACAUUCUUGGGGCAGCCCUGAGUACUUUUUGAUGGGUAUCUGCAGGAAGAAAUAAAUUUACAUAAAGCCA